AUGGACGGUGAUCCCAGUCCUCACCCUCGAGCCCCGACCACCACAAUGCACCCAACCUGCCGCAGCAAGGGCGCCCCGACCCGCAAUGGAAAUAGUGUAACUAAGAUGGCGGAGGCCACAUGUGCGGGCGCUGAAACCAGAAACAACUUACCUGCCGUGGCAGCAAACAAGACGAUUGAAGGCACCGGCAGAACAGACCACUACUGUAGCCAUCCACGCGCUGGCACCCUCGCGUUUAAACGGGCCACACAGCCCGUGAAGCUGAGACGUGGACGAGGAUGA